CUCUACUUAUCCGCAAAUGUCCGUCGCAGCAAAACUCUGGGUCCUAAAGGCGGCGGUAAAUUUAAGAAAGAGUGAGAUGGGGAUUCUUGAUUGACAAGUAGUAUCCUUAUAUCGAUUCAUCGAUUAAAUGUCUGAUUUGCUGGAGAAAUUACAAAAGUUCUGCCUGCAGAAUUGUGCGCCACUGGCACUAUUGUGCAAUAGGCAGACACGUGACGAAACACGACGUGUGCAUAUGUUAAACACAAACGGCACAUAUCACGUUGUCACGAUGCGGCACGCGUUCGAUACAAAACGAACGUUCCCCUGUUCAAGGUGCCUGGAAAAAGGUGUAAGGAAACAUUAGCGCCGGCUGGCUCGCCUCGUGCAUUCGUAAUCGCUCGCGGGUACCUCCGUCACUAACGUACUGUAUGGUACGCGCUGUCCGACUUGCAUCCAAAGUUCACUCGUUGACCUUGCCGCGCGGACGCGAUAACACUCGCGCUCCUCGCUUGCAGCUUCCGGCUUGCGAUUCCGUCCGUUGAUUGCUCGAAUUUCAAGCAAUUUCAACGACCGAGAAUCGUUUCGUAAACCCACGGCGUCGCGCGCCGGUCUCUCGCGUACGCUCGAAUUCCACGUCGCCAUGAAAUAUCGCUGUUCGUGCGCGAUCCGCGUCGUUGGCGUCCCAAAUAGUUUCGCAGCCGAACGAAAGUGAACGUUAGGUGCGUAAUUUGUUCGUUUUUGUCUCCCAUUAUUUUCUUUUUUCAUAUUCCGUGCACCGCGAAAACUCGACGAAUCGAGCCAGAUCUCGACGAGUGUGCGCAAUCUCUCGCAAGGAUAAAAGAGAGAAAGAGAUAAUGUUUGUGCGCACGACAGUCGCUCUUCUUACGUUCGUACUUUUUGUUCGAAACGUUCCCGCGUCUUCAUCGGGCGAGGAGGGGCGAAAGAAGGAAGGAAGGAAGAAGUGCCGUGUCUCUAUGUAAACCGCAGCGAAUAUUCAUUCGAGUAAAAGGUGACAAGUGAAUGAGAAGACGUUUUCUGCGCAAGGAAAGAAAGUCCUCAAGGAAAUUGUGAAAACACUGCACCUGUACAAGUGAAGAAAGGACUUGUUGGUGACAGUAUCGCCGGAUCGUAGCGGAGCUAUUGAGACAUUUACGCGUCGACUUUAAUCCCACGAACUCCAAGUUAUGACCGAUACUAAUGGGAUGAAAGACAACAAAAAGACGGACGUUUCAUGGCAAAAAAUUUAUAAUGACCAAAACGAAUAUCUGCAUAUUUUUGGAUUCGAGAAGAGCACGUUAAGGACUGUUUUAACAUACGUAUCGUAUAUAUUAUCGAUCGGAUGGAUUAGACUAUUAUUUCACUGGUAUCCACGAUUGCAUUUGUAUGCGACUCAUCAUGAAUGCGUUUUAAGUCGCGCAACGAAGAUACUUGCCAUAGAUACUUAUCAAGGAAAGUGCAAGUCAUACUUCGUACAAGACGUCCAGACAAUUUCUACCAGGAAUAUCAGUGCAUUGAAAAAUUGGUUAGCUGCUUUGGGUACUGUUGAUCAGGAUCUCGUGGAAAAAAUCCGAAACAAAACAUUAAAAAUCAAUUUAGAAAAUGGCACGCGAGGCGAAGUUUACGAGUACAAAGCUUUUUGGUGUAAAAAGAAGUGUUAUAUAUGGGACAUUACGAAAAAUGUGUUCUCGGAACUCGUAGGAUUCGAUAAUGGCACAAUGUAUUCCGACUUUCAUCUUGGAAGUGGUCAUGGCUUGUCUAAAGAAGAGCAAUUACUUAGGCGUAUUGUAUAUGGAAGCAAUGAAAUCGUUGUACCGCUUCAAAGUAUCGGCGUAUUAUUAUUGUUGGAAGUCUUAAAUCCAUUUUAUGUUUUUCAAGCUUUUAGCUUAGCCGUGUGGUUCGCAGAAAACUAUUUUAAUUAUACUAUUGUGAUAAUUCUAAUGUCACUGUUUGGAAUUACGAGCAGUAUAGUACAAACGCGAAAGAACCAACUGAAUUUACGCGGUACCGUUAUGUCGUCGGAAAAUGUACGUGUGCUUCGGGAAAACGGUUUUUUUGAGAAUAUUUCUAGCAAAGAAUUAGUGCCCGGCGACAUUAUCGAAUUACCGAGACAUCAAACUACUCUUUUGUGCGAUGCGGUCUUAUUAACAGGGCAAUGUAUAUUAAACGAAUCUAUGCUAACAGGCGAGUCUGUACCGGUAACAAAAACAUCAUUACCGUUGAAUCAAGUGUUGUACGACACUAAAGAAUGUACGCAUUAUACAUUAUAUAGCGGCACAUCUAUAAUACAAACCAGGUGUUACGGAGAUCAACCUAUUCUCGCAAGAAUAAUUAGAACUGGUUUUCUCACUAGGAAAGGUGCUCUAAUCGCGGCUAUAUUAUAUCCACCUCCGGCAGACUUUAAAUUCGACCAAGACUCAUAUAAGUAUAUCGGCAUUUUAGCAUUCAUUGCAACUUGUGGUUUCAUAUAUACUAUAGUGAGCAAGGUUUCGAGAGGAAUUACAGCUAGCGAUGUAGCGAUAAAAGCGUUGGAUAUCAUUACGAUAGUCAUACCACCAGCGUUACCAGCCGCAAUGACCGUAGGGAAAUUAUACGCACAAGCGAGAUUGAAACGUGCGCAAAUCUAUUGUAUUAAUAAUAGAGUCAUUAAUGUUUCCGGCAGUAUAAAUUGCGUCUGUUUCGAUAAGACAGGCACAUUGACCGAAGAUGGAUUAGACAUGUGGGGCAUUGUACCGUGCACGAACGGUAUCUUCGGCGAGGCUGAGACAGAUAUACCUAAACUUCAGAAUCACCCUCUUUUCGAAGGGAUGUUGGUUUGCCACAGUUUAACGCUUAUCGACGAUAAGCUGUGCGGGGAUCCUUUAGACGCAAAGAUGUUUGAGAGUACCAAGUGGAUAUUGGAAGAAUCAGACUGCAUGCAUGUAAGUGAAAACGACGUUACGACACCGAUGGUUGUAAGGCCAUCGGAAGAUGCGUCGAAAGAGACGUCGGAAAUUGGUAUAAUACAGCAGUAUCAAUUCUCAAGCUCUUUGCAACGAAUGUCUGUUAUCGUACGUGCAUUAGGUUCAGAUAAUUAUGUAUCUUAUACAAAAGGCUCUCCAGAAAUGAUAGUCAGCCUGAGCAGGCCAGAAACUGUGCCCCAGGAUAUAAUACUUGUCUUAAAACAAUACACAACCCAGGGCUAUCGCGUAAUAGCUAUGGGCCGUCGAGCGACGAUUUCUCAAAGUAACACAGAGAUAUCGAAGCUACUGCGAGAUACGAUCGAACGGGACUUGGAGUUUUUAGGCUUAGUGGUCAUGGAGAAUCGACUGAAGGAACCGACGACGCCGGUGAUCGCAGAAUUGCGAGAAGCCCACGUGCGCGUUGUGAUGAUUACAGGAGAUAAUAUCCAGACCGCAAUGAGCGUAGCGAGACAAUGCGGGAUACUCUCGAAGGAAGAAUGCGUUGUGAAUGUAAACAUCGAUUCAGAAAAGAGGAAAGAAGAUCGGCCUCAAAUAACUUUCGACAUUCAGGCCCCCCAAUCUGUUAAACUGCAGAAUUCGCAAAACGCGGGCUUUACGAUGACCGAAGACAUAGAACGUGGCACGGCCAAUUGUAAUUACAAAUUCGUUCUGACGGGCCAAACGUGGCGAGCGAUACGAGAAUAUUAUCCCGAUCUCAUAGACCGCCUUUGCCUACACAGCGCGAUAUUCGCUAGGAUGAGCAGCGACGAGAAGCAACAAGUGAUAUUGGAACUCAUGCGACUCGGUUACUACGUGGCCAUGUGUGGCGAUGGCGCUAACGAUUGUGGGGCAUUGAGGUCCGCGCACGUUGGAAUAUCGCUUUCCGAAGCGGAAUCUAGCGUGGCCAGUCCUUUCACCUCAACGGUAUCGGACAUAACUUGCGUACCGAAAGUGAUACGGCAAGGACGCGCCGCCCUGGUCACGUCAUUUGGAAUUUUUAUGUUUAUGGUGGCGUAUGCCUUGACGGAAUUCUUAUCCGUCAUAAUACUAUAUUCCAUCGACUCGAAUUUGACGGACUUGCAGUUUUUAUUCAUCGACAUUUGCUUAAUUAUUAACUUUGUCUUCUUCUUCGGUAAGACUCGCGCGUACACGAAAAAGUUAUCUAAGACACCACCCAUGACAAGUCUGUUAAAUUUUACUUCGCUUUUAUCUUUGACGGUGCAUAUAUUGGUGAUGACUGUUUUUCAAACGAUUGCGUAUCAUGCCGUUAGGCAAUUUUCGUGGUUCACGCCAUUCGUUCCCAAUAGUAACACCGGAUACACGUGUUAUGAGAACUAUUCGGUCUACUGUGUCUCUAUAUUUCAAUAUAUCACGUUGGCGAUUAUAUUUUCACGUGGAAAACCAUACAGACGCGCUAUCUACACGAACAGGAUGUUUAUAUCCUCUAUAUUUUUGUUAACGAUCGUAUGUAUUUACAUUACGGUUUACCCGGCGGAUUGGGUGGUGAAAGCUUUGGAUUUAAUAUUACCACCCACUUACGAUUGGAGAUUCAUUAUUUUAGCGCUUGCCCUGGUCAAUUUUUUUAUUUGCCUCUUCAUCGAGAGUUUCGUGAUAGAAUACGUCAUUGAAAAUAUUUUAAGGAUAAAAUUGUAUAAACCGAGAAAAGCAAAGAAAUUAUAUGUGAAAAUGGAAUAUGAGGAGAAAAAGUAUGGAAAUUGGCCACCAUUUGGUAAAGAAUUGCCAAUGUUAUCUAUCAUAUGCAAGGAAAAUAGUAUAAAAAGAACGAUGAACGUUUCACAUAACGGAUAUCGCUCCGCAAUAGUUUCGAGUGAUCAAGAGAUCAAUAGCUUGAACAACUCGUCUGAUCUAUCAAAGGAAAAGACUGAAGAAGGAAAUGGCUUGAGAAAUCCUGGCUUUGUUAACGACGAAAUAUAACGAUAAAAUAAAUAGAAUUCAAAGGAAAAGAAUGAAGGACAUCAUCUAUUGUAUAAAAAAAUCAAAGGUUUGCUCAUGUUUUAAUAUAUAUACGUUGUUGUUAUGCCUGGAACGGCAUAGAACAAUUUUAAAGCGAUCCGUCGUGUGAUAAGCAAGCAUUGACGGAACGAAAUACAAUGCAAUUACUUGAUUAGGGAGUUUACAACAGUAGGAACUCUUAUUGUAGAUAAUGCUAAAGUGAAAUCAUCAACGAAUGAAUACUAAAAGUGAACAUUUUAUGAAAUUUCAUGAAAUAUUCAACUUCUCUGUGAUUUUUAAUAUUGUAACAAGAAAGAAUUGACUUAAUUGCAAACAAAAUUUCUGCUUUAGAAA